GUAUAUGCCAGUAUGUCACCAGUAGUUCAUAUUGUAGAUGUGGGAUCUUCUACGAAAGAGUCACUUGCUAAUGUUACCGAAAUUCAUGAUGGGCUGGACUUCUCUUCAAAUACUGAUGCAGCGUAUUCUUUUGGGGUCUUUUCUGUUAAGUUUUCAACUGAUGGUCGAGAGCUUGUUGCCGGAAGCAGUGAUGCUUGCAUUUAUGUUUAUGAUUUGGAAGCAAAUAAAUUGACAUCUCGGUUCCCAGCUCACUCUUCUGAUGUGAACACAGUGACUUUUGCCGAUGAAACUGGCAAUCUCGUCUAUUCGGGUAGUGAUGACAAUCUCUGCAAGGUUUGGGAUAGACGUUGUCUACGAAAAAAAGAGCAAGCUGCAGGAGUGUUGAUUGGUCAUUUAGAAGGUAUUACUUUUAUUGACAGUCGAGGAGAUGGUCGCUAUUUUAUCUCCAAUGGUAAAGAUCAGACUACUAAACUAUGGGACAUCAGAAAAAUGUCUUCUGGAUCUAGUUGCAGCCCCAGGCCUGUGAUAUCCGAUUGGGAUUAUAGAUGGAUGGAUUUCCCUUCACAUGCAAAACAUCUGAGUCAUCCAUAUGAUCAGUCACUGGCUACAUACCGAGGUCAUUUAGUUUUACGCACUCUGAUCCGCUGCUAUUUUUCCCCAUCACACAGCACUGGACAGAGAUACAUCUACACAGGAUCUCAUGAUAAUAGUGUCUAUAUAUAUGAUGUGGUAACUGGAGAUCAAGUUGCUAGACUUAAUUGCCAUCAAAUGACAGUUAGAGACUGCAGUUGGCAUCCUUACUAUCCUAUACUAGUCAGUUCGGCUUGGGAUGGCCUCAUUGCCAGAUGGGAGUUCCCUGGUAGUGACAAGACCCCUGCGUUCAGCAAAAGCAGCUGGGCUGCUUUUGAAGACCACAUAUACUUGUAAAGUCAUCUUUAAUAUAAUUAUUUACAUUUAUAUACUUGUUCACGAACUUCCGAACUGUCUGUGUAUAGUAAAAACAAACAAUUUCAUAUAGUGGCAUGUACAUAGUUUUAUUAACUAAAGUGAAAUGUGUCAAAAUUGCCCUCAGAGUCUUUUGUAGAAGGUAACUUAUUGCUAAGAAGUUGACGGACUUGGAAAAGGAGAGUUGUAUUGAAUGGGAGCUUGCUAUUUUAGUUAAUUAUUUUUUG